UCUUCCCCUUUCUUCCCCCGCUUUUUUUUCCUUUUGUUUCUCUUUUUUUCCUCCCCUUUUGAAGGAGCUUAGCCAGCAAAUCCCUUAUUCAAACUACCCCCUUUUCUAUCUGAUUUUUGUGGGACUGCUGCUUUGCUUCGCAAACCUGAACUACCCAGAGAAGUGAUCCUGGCUCUUCUAGUCAGCGUCCAGGUCUGAGGCCUUGUGUUGCCAUCUUGCAAUGGCCAACUGGUAGCAGUUUCCUUUUGUGCUCCGUUCGUGGCUGUGAGAGGGACAGGCCCCUUCCCCUCUAGAUCUGAACUGAAACAGACGGUCCAGCCCUCAUCAUGGGAGCUGCCUGGCUGGUUGGAUUGACAGUACUUGUUUGCAUCUGGUUUCACAAAGUUGCUGCUCAGAAUCUCAUAAAAAACCCCAGGGACCAGAAAACAGAACAUACGCUUUUGAUUAACGAAGUCAAUGCUGACAGCCCAGGAGAGGACACUUCUGAGUUUGUGGAGCUCUAUCACACCAGCGGUCAAACAGCCCACUUAGAUGGCUACUAUCUGGUCUUUUACAAUGGCAAUGGAAACCAAGCUUACAAAGUUUUGAACCUUCAGGGUAAAGUUACUAACAGCCAAGGGUUCUUUCUCAUUGGCUCCUCUUCUAUAAACCCUGCUAUGGUCAUUCCUAAGAACACCAUCCAGAACGGCCCUGAUGCUAUUGCUCUGUACUAUGGGAAAGGGAAUUACAAGGAAGGCAUGAGCGUCACAAGUGAUGGUCUGGUCGAUGCCUUGGUCCAUAAGAUUAAGAAGACAGACAGAGCAGAUACAUUGGUCAGUAUACUGACCCCUGACAGAGAUGCUUUCCUGGAGGACCCCACUUUCAGGACCUCAGAUGAGUCAAUAGAGAGAUGCCGCGGGGCCAAUUCUCAAUGGAUCUUCCAAGUGGCCAUGCCCAGCCCAGGCAAAGACAACCACUGCAUCCUAACUUCUCAGCUGAAUGCAUCUACUGUCCUGAUCAGUGAGGUCCAUGCUGUCUCUUCUUCUGAAGAAUUCGAGUAUAUAGAGCUUCAGGGUCCCCAUUCUGCCACACUGAGGGACAUUGUUCUGGUGCUGAUCGAUGGACGGACCAAAGACAUUUAUUUCACCAUGGACGUUUAUGGCAAAACCUCACCGGAUGGGCUACUUCUGAUCGGUCCAGCCCAAAGCAAAACCCCAGUGGAUUUGCCAUUCCCACAGAACACUAGCAGCCCCAUCCUCAGAGAUGGCGCCAAUGCCAUUGCCCUCUAUAGAGGCAACAGCAGCAGUGUUGUCCUGGGGAAAGCACUGCCAGUGAGUGGCCUGUUGGAUGCCUUCGUAUACACGAGCAACGAGGGACCAGACCCUGAGCUGCUGGAGAUCCUGAAUAUAUUGGAUUUGCCAUUCCCACAGAACACUAGCAGCCCCAUCCUCAGAGAUGGCGCCAAUGCCAUUGCCCUCUAUAGAGGCAACAGCAGCAGUGUUGUCCUGGGGAAAGCACUGCCAGUGAGUGGCCUGUUGGAUGCCUUCGUAUACACGAGCAACGAGGGACCAGACCCUGAGCUGCUGGAGAUCCUGACCCCUGGCAGACCUGCCUAUGAAAAAAAAUGGCACCAGCUGGGUGACGUGUCCAUGAGCCAAUGCAACUGCUGUUCUGUGACUAGGGAUUCUUUGUCCUAUGUCCUCAGCAGCCCCACCCCUGGCAAGUUCAAUGAUUGCCCCAGCAAACGCUUCAGCCAGACCAUCUCCUUCUGCCUUCAUGUAGCAGAUUGCCAGGAGUGGCUCCUGAAGUCGGAAGAGAUCCUGAUGGGUCUAGUCCAAGCCCUAGACAGGUCCUGCAGCUGUGGAAUCUCUGUUGCCUACUUCAAAGAUUCCAAGGCGGUCUGCCAGGACCUGGGGCUUGUAUUCACCACCCUGCUAAAUGCCAGGUCAGAAGACCAGCUGAGCAGCCUGCUGCUAGCCUUCAAGACCUUCCUAGAAAGCCCCAGAGUUUUGAGUUUUGACAGAAGGAACAUCACAGCAGGAAGCUCCUGCUUCAAGGACAUUAAUGUGCCAGAAUCGCCUCCAGGUGUCCCAUCACACAUACCAGAAGGGACGCAAGAGCCCUCUGCACAAGCGGCCAAACUACUCAUCAGUGAGAUAAACCCAGACAAUCCAGGCGGAAGAGAGGACACAGAGUAUGUCGAACUCUUCUACACUGGACGGAGACGCUUUGACCUCCAGGGAUACUGGUUGGUCCUCUACAAUGGUAAAAAUAGCCUGGCCUACCGGGUGUUGGACCUGUCUGGAUAUCAUACAAAUGAGUUGGGUUACUUCCUAGUGGGGAGCGGUGCUGUGAGUCCACCACCUAUGAUCAGGCUGCCCUCAAACACCAUCCAGAAUGGGGCAGACGCUGUGGCUCUCUACUACAGCAACACCACCUUUUACAAGGUGAACAUGGCCGUGACUGCAAAGGGGCUGGUGGAUGCAGUGGUGUACACAUCCCGAAUGUCGGAAAAGGCAGACCAGCUGAUCAAAGUGCUGGUACCAGGGCAGAGUAUCCUGUACGAAAAUGAUUCUCACAGCACUGAAGAUGAGUCUCUGAGCCGCUGUAACAGCUUGAGUGCAAUACUCCAGAGCAGCUUCCAGGUGACCGUGAUGACACCGCUUCAAGAGAACUCCUGCAGCAACUCCUCAGCUCUGCUUCCUAGCGAUUCUGCCAUCCUCAUCAAUGAGCUGUGUUUGGUUAAUAGCACUGCUCCCUAUCCCUUCAUUGAGCUGAAGGGGAAGCCUGGAGCUAGCCUGAAAGGACACAGCCUGGUAUUCUUCUCUGAGAAAGAGGGUAAAACCUAUGCUAGCAUCCCGCUGUGGGGCACCUUUGGAGUCACGGGCCUGUUUGUGGUUACACUAGACGGAGGGCCCAAGCAUGAUGAGAUGAAGCUGACUUUCAAGGACAUCUCUGCUGCUAGUGAAGGCUAUAGUGCUAUUGCUGUGUACAACACCAAUCUGAUUCCUGGUGACAUGAAGGCAACAUCAGAGAACCUGGUGGAUGCUGUGGUUUACACAUGUGGGCCCAGCACAGUUGGAAGACAUUUGAACUUCCUUGGACCAUCUUACGUUGUGCCCUGCAAGGAUGACAGGCCUCUAUCUCUGAGCCGUUGUUCCUGCUGCAAUGGGAGCGCAGAGCUGCAGUUUGCUGUCUCGGACCCUACGCCUGGCUUGCAGAACAUAUGUCCCCAGAACUCCUUUGCGGUGGAUCUUAAUCUGUGUUUCCUGACACCCAAUUGUUCCACGUGGACCCUGAACCACGAGAGGAUGCUGAAAAGCAUGGGAAAGAUGUUGUUGAACUCUCUAGAGGAGAACUGCUCCUGUGGUGUCUCUGAGCUCUACCUACAGGAGCUGAACCUGACAUGCGUGGACUCCCUGCUGAAGGUCUCAGGCCAGAUGUGGGCCCGACUGCCGGAGGAGCAGCAGUCCAUCAUAGCCUGGCGCCAAGGCUUCCUGGCCAGCCCCCACCCCUUCUCUGUGGAAGGGAGAAUGCUGAAAAGCAGUGCUGAGUGUGUCGCCUUGAAAAGUGCACCGUCGAUGUUGCAGAGUAGUUCCUCCUUCCAGGGCUGGGAAAUUGCCCUGUUUGUUGUGGGAUCUCUCCUCCUCUUGCUCCUGUUGGUUGGCCUAGCAUUUUACUUCAUCAGAAGACAUCCCCUAAAUUACACCAGCAUCGAAAUGAACGACCGCAGGGAGAUUGCAGCAGAUUUCUAAUGCUCCCAGGCACAGUUGUGGUGGCAGGAUCCAUCGCCUCUGGGUCAGGCAUGUGUGUCUGUGGGUGGCAGACUGGCUGUCGAGUGCCAUCCUCCACCAGGAUUGCUGAAAGGACCUGCAAAACACUCACAAUACAGCUUUUUAUAUAUAUAUAUACAUACAUACAUACAUAUAUACACACACACACACACACACACACACACACACACACACACACACAUAUAUAUAUUUUAAUGCUUGAAUUAUUUUUACACUUCUAAAUUUUGGCCUCCAACUAAAGGAGUCCAAAAAAACAGGCUGGGGACUUCUUCUAGGCAAAGUUUAUGCUCACUGAGGUGACCAGAAAGAAAGAAAUGUCCUUGACUGAUGCAGAGGAAGGAUGUAUUCAUCUCCUCUUGAGAUUUGCUGCUGGAUGUUGAACAGAGGUCCCCUCACCUGGCAGUCCUUUCCCCUGGAAGGCAAGUCCAGUUACUAGUCACUCUGGACUCGACUGCUGCAGUGAAGAUACAUCAGCCCCCUCAAGCCCUUCUCAUCCAUGCAGGAGAGGUUUCUCAGCAUCAUACCCCUGAAAUCUCUCUCGAGCAGUUUGAGCAAGUCUGUACCAUUGGCAGCCUGCUAUAGGUGAGAGGUCUUACUGCUGGGAAUCAAAGCCAGGAGGACAUCCUGACCAGUUACAGAAGAAGGGUUUGAGGAGAAACAAAUACAUGACUCACGUCGGCACACAACUCAGCUCACAUCCCUUUAAACAUACAGUCCUGUGAGACUCUGACUGCAGCCUGUACCCUGGCCGGAUGCUGAGCAGCAGCAAAGGCUAGUGCCACACUCCAGAUUUGCUGGGAAUUUGGGGGCGAGGAGGGUGACCUAGGUGGAAGCUGCUUGGCUGAAGAAUCUGUUUCCCACACAAGUGAGAUUUAUCCCUAACUGUGUGGUGACUGAUGCCAUGCCUCCAGUAAUGGCCUCGGUGUACAGAGUAGUGGUCUCACUUCAUAGGCUUGACCACCCUGAGCAGCUCUACGCAUGGUGGCAGCUAGAACAGUCUCAGAUGUAUCCAGCCUGGUCACUGAUCAGGGGAUGUGUAGGUAAAAUGGAGAAAUAGAUCCCACACUUUUCUGAA